AUGGCACAACAGAAUCGUACUGAGAGAAUUACUACACCUAGUGAUGUAGACUUCACGGAACAGGGGUUGGGGACCCCCGAGGCAAUGGGAGCCGCACGUUUGGCAACACAGAACCAUCUGCAGGCUACGGCGACAGUGAGAGUGGGUGUAAACAACACAACGGGCAGACGUCAUCAGAAGUAUGACCGACGUCUACAGCGCCUACGACGAUCUACCACACUUCAGACAUCCGACAACUUAAAGUUUCGCAUCCGAGGGGCAGACCAGUCGCGACGGGGAUUAGGUUAUACAUCGUCGGACCAGGAGGGAAGUGAGGCGCCGCAGGACAAAGUAUCGCUACAUGACUUUGUACAAGAACAACACCGGGCUCAGGAGAACCCUCAUGGUAGAGAAGCAUUGGAUAACCGUCGCGAUAACAUGGAGGCAUCGUUGCACACACGACGACAAGGUCGCCAAUUCGAGCAAGAGACGCUCAGCCACAUGCUACCGGCACAACGGAUGCUUGAACUUACUCCGUCGAGUCAAUCAGUAUCGGCAGAUAAGCGUAGAAGACUCGACCAGCAGUAUACACCCCCAACACCGGAAAGUAUAGCAGCCGAUCGUCAGGCUUUACACGCACGAAUGUUUAAACUAUCGGAAGAACUAUGUAGUGCGGUUGAGGCUAAUAGCUUACCACGUGCAGAGGCAUUACGAGGCAUGCUCGAGACACUACGGGCAAAGCAUGAUUCUCGUCCAACGAACAAACAGGAGCCACGAGAACCUCGUAGCUGGCUUGAAUGGUCUUCUAACAGAUACAACCUUAGCAACAUCAUGGAGCGCGAUACAAAAGGGGCUUUACGAGAGGCCCUUAAGAACGCACAGAUAUCAGGGUUGGGGUUCUACAAAGUGUUGAGUCAUUUCAAAGCUGAACAAUACACACUUGAAUAUAUUAAAUCCAAUCAUCAACGUCUAGUGGCGUGGACUCCCGAGUUGCAGAUUACGCAAGUUUGUUCACAUGAGACUCAGGCGACGGUCGACCCGACCUUUCGUAAGCUAGCGAAGGGCCAUCUCAAGAUCAGCAACGUCCCAGUAAUGGAACAGAUGACUUAUCUAAUGGAUAAGCACCGUCGAGCACAUGAGCGUUGUCAAACAGAUGCCGAGUUCAAGCAGAACUUACUGCAUCGUUCAACUCUUGGAGGAUACUCUUGGCUCGCGUACAUAUGA